AUUAUUAUAAUAAUAUUAAUAAUCCGAUGAGAGAAAAGGUAUUAAUAAUAAUAAUGGUGAUGGUGUUAGGUGAUUGGUCAAUUAGGGGUUGUUUAGGAAGGUUUGUAGUGGAGAAGAACAACUUGAAGGUGACGUCACCGGAAUCGGUGAGGGGUGUGUACGAAUGUGCGAUCGGUAACUUCGGUGUGCCUCAGUACGGAGGUGUGAUGGUGGGCUCCGUUUUCUACCCUAAAACCAAUCAGAAGGGAUGCAACACUUUCCAAGAUUCUGAUUUGUCGUCGAAGACGAAGCCAGGUGGCAUUCCUCUCUUCGUCCUUGCCGACAGGGGAGAGUGCUAUUUCACACUCAAGGCGUGGAACGCGCAGAACGGCGGAGCGGCCGCCAUACUAGUCGCAGACGACAGGGUGGAGCCGCUCAUAACAAUGGACACCCCGGAGGAAGCCGACGCAGCUCAAGCUAACUACCUCCAGAACAUAACAAUCCCGUCGGCGCUAAUCAGCAACCAGCUCGGCGACAGGAUCAAAAAAGUAUUAGCCAAGGGAGAAAUGGUGACGAUAUAUCUCGACUGGCGCGAGGCCCUCCCCCACCCGGACGACCGGGUCGAGUACGAGUUCUGGACGAACAGCAACGACGAGUGCGGGCCCAAGUGCGAGAGCCAGCUGAACUUCGUCAGGAUCUUCAAAGGCGCCGCGCAGAUACUCGAGCAGAAGGGGUACACGCAGUUCACCCCGCACUACAUAACGUGGUAUUGUCCGGAGGCAUUUAUUAUGAGCCAGCAGUGCAAGUCGCAGUGCAUCAACCAGGGUCGGUACUGCGCGCCCGACCCCGAACAGGAUUUUAGCAAGGGGUACGAUGGGAAGGAUGUCGUCGUCCAGAAUUUACGUCAGGCGUGCUUCUUUCACGUGGCGAAGCAGAAUGGGAAGCCGUGGCAUUGGUGGGAUUACGUCACGGACUUCUCCAUUCGUUGCCCGAUGAAACAGAACAUGUAUAAUAAGGAGUGCGCCGAUAAAGUCAUUCGAUCGCUCGGAUAUGACGUUAGUAAGAUAGAUGAAUGCAUUGGAGAUAUUGAGGCAGAUGAUGACAACCCUAUUCUAAAAGCAGAACAAGAAGCACAGAUUGGAAAAGGUACACGAGGAGAUGUCACUAUUUUGCCAACUCUUGUGAUAAACAACAGACAAUACAGAGGUAAGCUCGACAAAGGAGCAGUUCUCAAGGCGAUUUGUUCGGGGUUCGAGGAGACUACCGAGCCCGCGAUUUGUUUAACUAGAGAUAUGGAAACGAACGAGUGUUUGGAGAACAACGGGGGUUGCUGGCAUGAUCCGGCUGCUAAUGUUACUGCAUGCAUGGAUACUUUCCGAGGGAGGCUGUGUCAUUGCCCGACCGUGCAGGGAGUUAAAUUCAUUGGUGAUGGUUACACUCAUUGCGAAGCUUCUGGAGCAUUAAGAUGUGAAAUAAAUAACGGAGGGUGUUGGAAGGAAAGCCAGUACGGACGAACUUAUUCCGCGUGCACUGACGACUACAGAAACGGUUGCAAAUGCCCGGCGGGAUUCCGGGGCGAUGGAGUUAAUGGGUGCGAAGAUAUUAAUGAAUGCGCGGAAAAGCUGGCAUGUCAAUGUCCGGAUUGCAGCUGCAAGAACACGUGGGGAAGUUACGAAUGCAGUUGCGGCGGCCAGUUACUCUACAUUCACGAACACGACACUUGUAUUAGUAAAGAUGCAGCUAAUUCAGAAGUUAGCUGGGGAGUAAUGUGGGUAAUCAUUCUUGGCUUGACUGUGGCUGGAGUUGCUGGAUAUGCUCUUUACAAAUACAGGAUCAGGAGAUACAUGGACUCGGAGAUUCGUGCGAUCAUGGCUCAGUACAUGCCAUUGGACAAUCAACCGAAUCACAUGCCUUCUCAAGUGACGACCGUUUGAACUAACGAUCGGAAUCGCAUGCCGUUAGAUUUUGUCUUUUCUUUUCUUUUUGCUCUUUAAGAACUCAAUUGCGGUUGUACACGGUAAUCCAGGUUAAGUUCGAGUCCGGCUACUUUUUUUUUCCAGAGGCAACCAAUUUAAUUACGAAAAAAACAGAUGUACGUACACAGCAUUAUAAUCAACACAAACAUGUCAAAACA